CCUCAGAUAACCUACAAUAAUAUAAUUUGUCUAGUUCAUAGUUCAUUGAGUUCAUUCCAUCAAAUUAUUUUCUAAUCUGUAUUUGCUAAUUGAUAAUGUUAUAACAUAGUUUGUUUAAAACACAGUUAUCAUCAUUCUUCAUCAUUGUGUGCAAAAAUGUUGGCAAAAACCGGUCUGCUUAUAGUGUCUAACCCAAAACAAAUAGCAAAUCUGCUGGGAUCAGUAAAGAAACAGGUGAAAAAUACACUAUAUGUUCAACUUUUAUCAGCUUUAAGCGAGCCCUUAGGAAACUUUUGCCCGAAGUCUAUAAAUACUUGGCACAAGUUUAGUCCUACAAUACAUGGUAUAUAUUCACAGGCUGCAAGACAAUGCAGUGACUUGGAUGUAAGAGUUCUACUUUCAGGAAUAAAGUUUAAUGUAUCUAAAAUUCAUACACAAAAUCCAAUAGACUUAGUUAUUUUUGAUAAGAAAUACACGAAGGCGGAAAUAGACCAAUUCAUAACAACUAGAAUUGAAAAUCUUACAAAAGAAUACAAUGUUAUUACACUGGAGUCAAACGAAGAAGUUAAUCAGGAAAACAACAACACUCCGUUUAGUGAUAAGAGAUACCAACAUUCAGUACUAGGUGGAACAUUUGAUAGAUUGCAUACAGCACAUAAGUUAUUGCUUAGCGAAGUGGUUUUAAGGUCCAGUAAAAAAGUUACAAUUGGUGUAACAGAAGAGAACAUGCUUUCAACAAAAACCUUAUGGGAGCUAAUAGAAGACAUUGACAUAAGAAUAAAUCAUGUGAAAGACUUUGUAGAAGAUAUUUGCCCUGAAAUGGAAUAUAAUAUAGUUCCAAUAUCAGAUCCUUUUGGUCCUUCAAUAGUAGACCCUUCAAUGGACCUUAUAGUUGUCAGUAACGAAACUCUAAGGGGCGGAGAAAAGAUAAACACCAUAAGGAAAGAAAGGAAUUUACCAGAGUUAGACAUCCUUCCAAUUGAAUUGAUGGAUGAACCAAACCCUAGCCCUAUAGAAGAGGCUAAAAUUAGUUCAAGCACAACUAGAAUAAGGCUAUUGGGUACACUUCUGAAACCUAUAGAACACAAAGAUAUUCCAAAAUCGCCUUAUGUUAUUGGACUAACAGGUGGAGUUGCUAGCGGAAAGUCAGGAGUGGCAACUCAUAUGGAAAACCUGGGUGCUCAAAUUAUAAAUUGUGAUCUCAUAGCACAUGAGCUGUAUAAAAGAGGCAAACCUUGCUACAAAAAAAUUGUAGGCCAUUUUGGAGAAAAAGUUGUUGCAGCAAAUGGAGAGAUUGAUAGAAAAGUUCUUGGUGGGAUAGUUUUUACUGAUAAGGAGGAGUUAAACACAUUGAAUGGACUAGUUUGGCCAGCCAUUGCAGAAGAGGUUCAAACAAUAAUUAGCAACAGCAAAGCAAAAGUCGUUGUUGUAGAAGGUGCUGUACUACUAACAGCUGGCUGGCAAAGUAUGUGUCAUGAGGUGUGGACUACUGUAAUAUCAAGAGCAGAAGCUAUAAACAGGUUAGAAACACGAAAUGGACUUACAGAAGAGCAAGCCACAAGCAGAAUCGACUCUCAGCCUUCAAAUAAAUUUUAUGUGCAGUCUUCUAAUGUAGUGUUUUGCACAUUGUGGCCCGUGGAAUAUACCAAACAACAAGUGAUAAAAGCUUGGAAUCUGUUAGCUGAAAGGAUUCCGGCAUGAUUUUGGUUUUGGUAAUAAUAUCCGAUGAUAUAUUAUAUACUUCUGGAAACAAUUAUAAAACCGUAUAUUUGAAAUUAUCAUGGUAUAUUUUGGUGUCACUCAAUAAUUUUAGUAUUUUUGUGAUAAUACUAGGCCGAGUAUUUCCAUAUGAUAUUUUAAAAUGUUUUCAAAUUUUCUGACGUUUCUUGUUUUUCAACAAGUCAUAAACGUGUUGUAAGGUAACUUUUAUUUUCUAAAAUUUCUAAAGCAAGUUGUUUGUUCUAUUUAAAAUAAAAAGUCAAUUCAAAAUAAGAAAUUUAUAUUUAUCAAAGAAACAUAUUCAAUUUUGUAUAAGAUUCAUUAUAGGGUUAUUAAAAAUUCAUUUUGAUAGGGUCGUAGCAGAAUUAGCGUAAUGAAACCACAGUAUAAUGCUAAAGAAUCAGUAAGGUUACUCCGCGAAAGUCCUUGGUUCUCUAUGUUCCAUUUUGGUGACGGCGCAUCAAAAAUUUUAGCCCUUUGCGCAGAUGAAUGACAGUUAACGGCGUCCUACGUUUGCCAGGAUUGGUCGUUAUUGUCGCGCAUUUGCCGUGAUUGAUCGCUAUCCCACUGAUCCCUGGGGCUUUGCCCCAGGAGAGGACUGCAAAAUUGGAACCGUCAAAAUUCGAGGGUGAAUUAAAUGAUUCUUUAGCAUUAAACCCUGGCGAAACAGUGAUGUUUAUUAGUAUAUCUCAAAUGGUCUCAAUCUUGUCAUUAUCUUAUACAAUUUUAUUAUUCUGACAAUUUUGUGAAGGUUUUGAAGUGUCAUUGACACUGUUACUUUUUAACAUUCUUCAAAAUUGAGAUCAAUUUUAGGCCACGAAUCCUCGUCACAAGAGAGUUGCCGGAUCGCGCAAAUUUUAACAAUAACAUUUAGUUUCUUGGUUCCUUAGACGGAAGAAACAUCCAGACCGCCUUGUUUUUUGUACAACCAAAGGUAUUGGGGAUGUAAACGAACUAUAGAGGGCGCUUUGACGGAUGCCCAGCUGAUAGAGCACGUAGGAAAACAAAACAAACUGCCUUAGCUGUAGCACGUAAAAUAUCGUUUUAAGUGAAGCAAUCUUUAUUUCCUUAAAUGAUUUUUUAGUUGGUUUAAUAAUGGAAAAUAAAGAUAGUAAAGGUCCUCUUGUGGAUAUUUUUAAAUAUAGGCGACAUAGCAAGACCGUUAACAGAAAGCGAGGCGUUUUUAAAUGCUGGCCGCAUUUUUGUGUGUGACAAGUUAGUGGGUCUCUGUCUAUAAUCCAGAUAUUUAAAUAACGCGCCACAUGAAGUAAUUGUAGAUGUGUUAGUAAAUCAGUGGGUGGCAAUAUAUUUGUAAAGCCGGACAAAAGAGUAACGUGCAAACAUGUAAUUGAAAUUUCAUAACAAGCAUUUAUUACAUUUUAUUAUAGAUAAAAAUGUUGUUAACACUCCUUCAUACCAUGUUUGUUAUUGGUUUCCCAAUUUUUAAUUCACAAGCCCAACGACAUUGUACAUUUUUAUCUCGAGGAAAAAGUGCAUACUUAUUGCUUCCGAACAAAAAUGACUGCAUUAAUUACAGGACAGUAUUGUUUGCAUUUAUUUUUUUAACACUAUGGUACCUUGUUAUGCCUUAUAUAACUACUUGCUCUAAUUCGAAUUUUUGCCGCACAGUGUCGCCUCUUUUGUUUGACAUCGCCAAUAGCUGAUAAUCAUCUAUUUAGACCUGGAUCCCGCGUACAAAAAAAGUUGCUUAAUAGCAAGCUGAAAAUUUGUUAAUAACAUAACGGUGUGUAGUCGGACAAACUUUGAUGUACUGGAAGACUGGAACAGGGGAAGUUUUAAUUAUGGUACAGUUUAAAAAUUUGGAACGUCGGACUACAAAAACGUUCCAUGUAUUUUGUCGGACAGAACUUCCAAUCGAUUUGUUACCAUUUCAUUAAACUCUCAUGCAAAAAUCAGAGUGCUAAUACUAACAAACAUGAUUCCUGACAUUUGACAUUUUCUUCGUGUUCCACUCAUUAAAAUACCCAGUUGGUGAUAAACACCAGUCUGAUUUUUGCAUGAGAAUUUAAUGAAAUGGUAAAAAAUCAAUUGGAAGUUCUGUCCGACAAAAUACAUGGAACGUUUUUGUAGUCUGACGUUCCAAAUUUUUAACGUGUUCCACAAUUAAAACUUCCUGUACCAGUGUUCCCAUACAUCAAAGUUUGUCCGACUAGACACCGUUAAGCUGUUAACAAAUUUUCAGCUUGCUAUUAAUCAGCUUUUUUUUGGUACGCGGGAUCCAGGUCUAAGUCCGAUCACUCGCCAGUAUUUCUCACCCUAUUUUCUGAAAUAAUUUAUUUACGCUUGAUUCAUUAAAAACAAAUUGGAAUUUAUUCAAGAAACCUUUACUAAUAUCUUAAUGAUCAGCUUAAGCUAAGCUUAAAAUAUGCUGGGAAUCCACCCCACCAGUCAACCAGAAACCUAACUAUCCUGAGACCAUUAAACAAAAAAUUAGAGAAAAGAAAAACUUGAAAAGAAAGACAUACCAGAUAAAGAAUUGAAAGAAGAAGAAAAAUGUUAAAAAAAGAGAAAGUGCCAAGCGUGCAAAAAAUUUCGAGUCAAAGAAAAUCUUACGAAAAUUGAACAUAAUAAAAAUAAUCUUGCUGCCGUAAAUCGUCUUAUGCUCCCCGAUCUGCAUGAGAGGCUGUUAUUGAUGGGAUUUUAAAUACCUCGAAGCGGCACAUCUUAGUGCACUUCCACGUGUUUCUAACACUCAAGAUGGAGGGAGGCACGUACAAACCAUACGUGUAAAGUUAGCAAGAAUACAGACCGAGAUGUACGAAAAGCACGAGGACGGCGAAUUCUGCACUAUUAAAUAGAAUUAGGUCCUUGGAAUUUCUCGCGUUGCUUUUGGAACCGCAGCAAGUAUUUGUUCUCUCUCAAGAUGAUAAGACCCGUGUACCAUUAGCUUUACUGGUAGUGAAAAGUCAGUGCCUUCUUUUAGUGCAUAUGGAAUACAGAGUACUUUUACGUGACCAUGACUGGGUUGUGGCAGAGCGGUAUAUACAAAUUUAUUUCUUCUGUAUUCGCCAGUACGAACGUGGAUUUUGACGGUUUUGGUAAGGAAGAAGCUGCUGGUUACAGCGGACUGACACACAUAUAUUCUAUAAGGAGGUGGAAACAUCCUCCACAUCGAACACCCAUGCUUAUGAUUUCGAACCAUUUUUAUCGGUGACUGCAUUCAACCUUUAAUGAUGACAGAUCGAACACCGUGAAGCUAGUGAUGCAGCAUGAACAUUUUGCUAAUCUCGAUAAAAAAUGAAUUAUUAUUGAUGAUAAUUUGGAAAAAGAUAAUUUUCAGCACGCUGGGGAGACACUUGCCAAAGUCGGGUGGGAAAUGAAAAUUUACAACUAUGUUUCAGGGGAAUAUAGAAAGCCUGAAGAUAGCCUGUAAGAUCCAGCAGAACCUAAUCUUUCAUGGUAUAUAUCACUCACUUCCGUGAAUCGCAAUAUUUCUUGCAAUAAAUUAAAAGCGCGGACGAAUCCUGCUGUUCUCGCUCGAGGAUUGCAUUAAAAUCUGUUUUCCGGGUUUCCUGCCACCACCCUGCUGAAUCCUUCAAACCCCAAGCAAGUUUGUGGUAUCUAUCACUUUUUGUGAGGUUAUCGUCUAGGAUGCCGAUUGGCUCGAUGAAGACGAAGUUGAUGCAAGUGGUUUGACAAUUCCGGAUCCUCUUCGUCUGCUCUCCGGAUGCCUGUAUGUAAUGAAAGAGUUUGAGUAGUUGUUAAACAUAUGGAUAGGGAUAGGAGCAGUAACUUUAAUUGAAUUGUUUUUCACAUACCUACCUUUGAUUUUAAUUUUUGUUCUGAAUAUGAUUUUAUUUUAAGUAAAAUCGUCAUAAGCCCUCAAUACAUCAAUCAACGGUAAAAUGUUUUAUUUGUUAGAUUGCCUUUCCAAGGUAGGAUAUAGAAACUUGACAAGCCUCUUGUAUCUAAGGUUCUUGGUUUUAGACCAUUUUUGUACAUCACGGAUGUUGUAAAAAUCCAUUUAAGAAAAUAUGACAAUAAUCACAUUAUUUUGCGAUUUCAUGGAUAGCUAGAUAUAUCAAAUAAGAAUAAUUGUUUUUACGCAUUUAUUUUCUUACGUUUCUGUAGGGCUAGGUAAAUAAGCUGUGUAAAUGAUUGUAAAUAUAAGAAAUAUAUUGUUAAUAUCGUUUUAA